ACGCCGCGUGAAACCCGCCCGCCGCACUUCAUUGGUCGCGGCGCAAGAGCCGUUGGCUCCCAGACCCGCCUCUCCGCCUCCUCUCACUUUUCCCAGGGCGGAUGCGCCUGCGCUCAGCUGCCUGGGCGGGCUAGGAGGCGCGGGUUGAAAAGUCUCGUUCCAAGUUUGGAGAGAGAGAGAAGAGCGCCUCAGACCUCGGUACCCGCGAGCGGGGAGGAGGCAGGAAAGAAGGACGCGGCGUCUGGGGAGCACCCAGGCCGCAAGACAGGGCCCGGGCUUUCGUGAGCGGGAAGUGUGUGACGCGCUUGGGAAAGGCAGGAGCGCCAGCGGUCGGGCUGCUCUUGGCUAACGAGGGGAGUCCGAGGCGGCGGCGAGGGGCGAACGACCCGACGCAAGAUGGCGAGUAAAGAGAUGUUUGAAGAUACUGUGGAGGAGCGUGUCAUCAAUGAAGAAUAUAAAAUCUGGAAGAAGAAUACACCGUUUCUAUAUGACCUGGUUAUGACCCAUGCUCUUCAGUGGCCCAGUCUUACCGUUCAGUGGCUUCCUGAAGUGACUAAACCGGAAGGAAAAGAUUAUGCCCUUCAUUGGCUGGUGCUGGGGACUCAUACGUCUGAUGAGCAGAAUCAUCUGGUGGUUGCUCGAGUACAUAUUCCCAAUGAUGAUGCACAGUUUGAUGCUUCCCAUUGUGACAGUGACAAGGGUGAAUUUGGUGGCUUUGGUUCUGUAACAGGAAAAAUUGAAUGUGAAAUUAAAAUCAAUCAUGAAGGAGAAGUAAACCGUGCUCGUUACAUGCCGCAGAAUCCUCACAUCAUUGCGACGAAAACACCAUCUUCUGAUGUGUUGGUCUUUGACUAUACAAAACACCCUGCUAAACCAGACCCAAGUGGAGAAUGUAAUCCUGAUCUCAGGUUAAGAGGUCACCAGAAGGAAGGCUAUGGUCUCUCCUGGAAUUCGAAUUUGAGUGGACAUCUCCUGAGUGCAUCUGAUGACCAUACUGUCUGUCUGUGGGAUAUAAACGCAGGACCAAAGGAAGGCAAAAUUGUGGAUGCUAAAGCGAUCUUUACCGGCCACUCGGCUGUUGUGGAGGAUGUGGCCUGGCACCUGCUGCACGAGUCAUUGUUUGGAUCUGUUGCUGAUGAUCAAAAACUGAUGAUAUGGGACACCAGGUCCAAUACCACCUCCAAGCCGAGCCACUUGGUAGAUGCACACACUGCCGAAGUCAAUUGCCUCUCAUUCAAUCCCUACAGCGAAUUCAUCCUAGCCACUGGCUCUGCGGAUAAGACCGUAGCUUUAUGGGAUCUGCGUAACUUAAAAUUAAAACUCCAUACCUUCGAAUCUCAUAAAGAUGAAAUUUUCCAGGUCCACUGGUCUCCACAUAAUGAAACUAUUCUGGCUUCAAGUGGUACUGACCGCCGCCUGAAUGUGUGGGAUUUAAGUAAAAUUGGGGAAGAACAAUCAGCAGAAGAUGCAGAAGACGGGCCUCCAGAACUCCUGUUUAUUCAUGGAGGACACACUGCCAAGAUUUCAGAUUUUAGUUGGAACCCCAAUGAGCCUUGGGUCAUUUGCUCAGUGUCUGAGGAUAACAUCAUGCAGAUAUGGCAAAUGGCUGAAAAUAUUUACAAUGAUGAAGAGUCGGAUGUCACGACAUCAGAACUGGAGGGACAAGGAUCUUAAACCCAAAGUACGAGAGAUGUUUCUGUUGAAUGUAAUGCUACAUGAAUGCUUGAUUUAUCAAGCGCCAAAAGGCUUUGUAUAGUAGAAAAUGUAAGUGGGGUGGCUUCUGGCUUCUUUAUCCUCUGAUUCUAGCACUUUCAAGUGAGCUGUUGCGUACUGUAUCAUAUUGUAGCUAUUAGGAAAGAGAUGAUUGUUGCUUAAGAAAGAACAUCACCAUUGAUUUAAAUGCAAGUAGCAGCAUACUGCCUUUGAUUCAACUGUUUAAGUCCUCAUUUUCUCAAACUAAGUGCUUGCUGUUCCCAAAUAUGCGAGAGUAACUUUUACACUUUUUCCUUCCAACACUUCUUGAUUGGCUUUGCAGAAAUAAAGUUUUAAAAUAAAA